AUGAGAGAAGUCAAUAAUGGCCCUUUUGGUAAAGCCUCACCAGCCUGGUAUCAAAGGCUGACUACCAUGGCAUGGAAGGAUACAUUAAAACAUUAUAACCCUUUUUCAUUGUUCCUGCUCAGCGGUGUUAGUAUGGUUGGAUUGGCUGUUAUGAACGAGUGGAUUGUUGAUAAAGCUGGAUCUGCUCUCUCAAGAGUCAAGUCCAAGCCUUUUGACUCUAUGAUUGAGAAAACACUUCCAACGUAUAAACCAGAAUACAUUGAAAGAUGGGAAAAGGAAUAUGGAACCAAGAAAUAA